GCGUUGACCGGCCCGACUCGCCAGACGCCGGUAAUCUGUUUCGUAGCACGGGAGACCAAGGUCUUUCCUGUCUGUCAUCUGUGCUCACAACUGUGCCGUCCCCCUUGUCACAACUGAGAUCCGCCCGGCCUCUUAUCAGCCCUCGGGAGCGCGUCCAGAGAUUACAUUCGGCAGAAUUUCCCCCGGGCGUCCCCUAUCUUUACAAACACCCGCUGCUGAUUCGGGUGUUUUGAAGCGGCGCUCGAAGUUUUGUUCCACUCCCCCCAUUAGGCGGCUGAUCGCAGGAGCCGGUUGUGAGCCAGGAGGAAAAACCUGCUCCACUGCUAAAGCUUCCUGAACAACCGAACACGCCCAGUCGUCGAGGGAAAGCAGCUGGGACACAGUCAUGGCGAAAAUUCAGUGUGGACCUGUGGUGGACAUCCUGGGCGAUGAGAUGACGAGAGUCAUCUGGGACCUGAUCAAGGACAAGCUGAUCCUUCCUUUCUUGAAUGUGGAACUGCACACCUAUGACCUUGGUAUUGAAAACCGGGAUCGUACGGAUGACCAGGUCACCGUCGAUUGUGCGCACGCCAUCCAAAAGUACAAGGUUGGCAUAAAAUGUGCCACCAUCACGCCCGACGAGAAGCGCGUCACCGAGUUCAAGCUCAAGCAGAUGUGGCGCUCGCCCAAUGGGACCAUCCGUAACAUCCUGGGCGGCACCGUCUUUCGCGAGGCCAUCAUCUGCACCAAUGUGCCUCGCCUCGUCACUGGCUGGACAAAGCCCAUCGUGAUCGGCCGCCACGCCUACGGGGACCAGUACAGGGCCACUGACUUUGUCGUUCCGGGACCUGGCACCCUCGAGAUCAAGUUCACGCCCAACGCUGCAGGCGAGCCGCCGCUGGCAUUCAAGGUGCACGAGUUUCAGGGCACGGGAGGCGUGGCCAUGGCCAUGUUCAACACCGAUAAGUCAAUUAAGGACUUUGCCCACAGUUCUUUCAAGUUUGCACUGCAGCGAAAGCUCCCACUAUACCUCAGUACCAAGAACACGAUUCUCAAGAAGUAUGAUGGCCGGUUCAAGGACAUCUUCCAGGAGAUAUACGAAAAGGAGUACAAGUCCGACUUCGAGAAGAGUGGCAUCUGGUACGAACACCGGCUCAUCGACGACAUGGUUGCCCAGGCCAUGAAGUCUGAGGGAGGCUUCGUAUGGGCCUGCAAGAACUACGACGGUGACGUGCAGUCGGAUGCCGUGGCACAAGGUUAUGGCUCCCUAGGCAUGAUGACGAGUGUCCUGGUGUGCCCUGAUGGUGAGACCCUGGAGGCAGAAGCUGCCCAUGGCACGGUGACCCGCCACUACAGGAUGUACCAGAAGGGCCAGGAGACCUCCACCAACCCCAUCGCGUCCAUCUUUGCCUGGACCCGUGGGCUAGCCCACCGAGCCAAGCUGGACCACAACAACGAGCUGGCUGUCUUCUGCAGCUCGCUAGAGGCUGUCUGCAUUGAAACCAUUGAGGCCGGCUACAUGACCAAGGAUCUGGCCAUUUGCAUCAAGGGCAUGUCUGGCGUCCAGCGCAGCGACUAUCUCAACACAUUCGAGUUCCUUGACAAGCUUGCUGAUAACCUGAAGAAGAAGCUUGGCAAGUGACUAGGCCGCCUGUGAAGUUGUGGGGUGUUGAUCCUGCCACCUGAUCGUCUGCUGCGAUAACAUGCAGGAGCGAAUGGACUACGCACGCGAUGGUUGCAAAAGCCUGGCGACUAGAGAAGGCUGUUGCAUAACAUUACACAGUCUGCGAACUGUACAUCUUUCUAAGAAAGCAAAAUCAGUGCCGACAAAUUGAGCUAACUCGAGUCCCUGUCUGAAGCUGGAGGCAGAGAACUAGCACAUCAUAGUAAUAGGUGAACCAAUCUGUUCUCCCCCCCCCCCCUUUUUUUUCACGGUGAAAAUGAAGUUUAGAUGCUUCUAUAAACAAAGCUUUCCGUGCGAAUUCGGAAAAAUCAAUCCCUGUGACCUUGUAGCGGCAAAAGACUACAACAAUGACAGUCAUGCUUGUUUAAAAAAUACAUUAUUUGUGGAAACCAGGCUCGCAAGCAACAAUGCAGUUGUGCCAAUUAUUACUGGUGUCCCAUUCAAUGUCUGCUCAAGUAGAAGUGCCGAUCAUAAAUGGCUGGUGUAGAGAUUGAUAUGAUGCACUUGCAUGUGAGGCACAUAGUGACGUCUAUUCCAUAUGCUCCUGAAAUGGUUUCGCAAGCUGUUGCAUUUCCCGUCUCUCUUUCUGAGAACAACUUCCGGUGGCCAUCUCUCACAGAACACCCCCUCCAUUUUCUCCUGUGGUGCAUAAGAUGUGAAACUCUGUAUACUAUGCAAGAGAAAUAUAUUUUUACAUAAACCUUU